AUGGAGCAGUUGGACCUCGUCGUGAUCGGAGCGGGCACCUACGGCCUCGCUGCCGCGAAGCAGUAUCAUGUCUCGCACCCGGACCACUCGCUCGCGGUCCUCGACGCCUACAGCACCGUCGGCGGUGUGUGGUCUACCGAGCGCAUCUACCCGGGUCUCAAGUCCAACAACCUCCACGGCACCUACGAGUACCCGGACUUCCCCAUGACAACUGAGCGCUUCGGCGUCAAGCCGCGGGAGCAUGUUCCCGGCCCUGUGAUCCACGACUACCUGGAGGCCUACGCGCGCGAGUUCGGCAUCGACAAGCACAUCCGGCUCAACACCAAGGUCCUCUCGGCAGAGCACCAGGCCGAGGGCGGCUGGGUCGUCGAGACGAAGAAAGAGGGCGACGCCGCAGCGACGAAGCUGCUCGUCAAAAGGCUCGUCGUCGCGAUGGGCCAGGUGUCCGAGCCUUGGAUGCCACACAUCAAAGGCCAGGAAGAGUACGGCAGGCCGAUCUUCCACAGCAAGGAUUUCCGGGAGCAUAAAGACACGAUCAACGCUGAGAAGCGGGUUACCGUCUUCGGAGGCACUAAGUCUGCUUGGGAUGCCGUUUACGCCUACGGCACGCAAGGCGUCAAGGUGGACUGGAUCAUUCGACCGACCGGCCAUGGCCCAGGAUGGAUGUCGCCGCCUUUCGUGACGCCGCUGAAGAAGUGGCUUGAGAAGCUCGUUAACACCCGCCUGCUUCACUGGUUCGGCCCCUGCAUCUGGGACCAGGACAGCGGCUACCACGGCAUCAAGUCCUUUUGGCACGGCACCGCCCUCGGCCGCGCCAUCACCAACGGCUUCUGGAGCGCCAUCGCCGCCGACGUCAUCGGCCUCAUGGGCUUCGACAAGGAUCCCGAGCUCGCCAAGCUCAAGCCCACCGCCGAGGCCAUGCACACGGGAACCUCCUUCAGCAUCCUCAACUACGACACUGACUUCUUCGAGCCGAUCCGCAACGGCACCGUGCGUAUCCACGAGGCUGACCUGUCGCACCUCAGCGAGGGCAAGAUCCACCUUGAUGAUGCCGAGGGCACCGUGCUCGAGUCGGACGCCUUCCUCGCCGUGACUGGCUGGAAGAGCCUCCCGACGUUGAAGUUCCUGCCCGAGGGUAUCGACCGCAAGAUCGGUCUGCCUUACAUCCCCACCGCCAACGACGAGGGUCGGUCUCCUGACGAGGGCCUCGCGUCCCGCACCGACCUCCUCGACAAGGCCGAUGCCGAGAUCCAAGAGCGCUUCCCCCGUCUCAAGGUACCCAUGAAGUUCAACCCGAACUACGUGCCCUUGACCGAGACCAAGGCCUUCAGCACACCCGCCUCUGACGCCAUCUCGGCGCCCACCAACCCCUACACCCCGAUGAUGCUCUACCACUUCAUGGUCCCCGGCACCGCUGAGUUUCUCCGCACAAAGGACCUCGCCUUCGCCGGCGGUGUCGGCAACUUCAGCAACGUCAUCUGCGCGCACGUCCAGGGCCUCUGGAUCAGCGCCUUCUUCGACGGCACCCUCGCCCGCGACCCGAGCUCUGCCGUUGUGCCCGUCGGCGUGAACAAGCAGGCCGACACCGCCGGCCAAGCGGGCAGUGCCAUCCUCACGCUCGACGAGGUCCACUGGCAGACGGUCCUGCACAACCGCUUCGGCAAGUGGCGCUAUCCCAGGGACAUUGGCGCCAGGUUCCCCGAUUUCAUAUUCGAGGCCGUGCCGUACUUGGACAUGAUGAUGGCGGACAUGGGCCUCGCCGUGCACCGCAAGAAUGGCUGGUUCAACGAGAUAACGGAUCCGUAUGGCCCGGAGGACUACGCCAACAUCAACGAGGAGUUUGCGACUAACCUGCAGGCCAAGCAGGCUAUAUAG